AUGGAGGCAAUGCUGGAGGUUAUGGCGGUGGACCAGGUGCUUAUGGAAAUAAUGUUGGAUCUGGAAACUUUGGCGGUGGUGGUGGAGGUUAUGGUGGUAAGUAAUUAUUUAUUUAUAAUAUUAUUAUUAUUAUUUAUGUUCUGUGGCUUAGUCUUCACUUUUAUGUUGCUAAAUAUUUUUUGAUGUGUUGUAAAUAUGAUUUUAUUAUUCAGUGCUAUAAAGUAGAUUUGUAGAUAGAAUUUUUAUUAAUUAUAAAAUAAAAAAAGCAGUUGUAGCAAUAAGUAAAUAUAUUAAAUAAAAUUGUUAUUUAUGAAUUUAUUUUUAACUUAAAAUUAUUUUAUUUCAUUAAUUAAUAAUAUUUUUUAGGUUUAUGUUUUAAUUAUUAAUCUAUUUUUAAAGUAAAACUUUUAUGUCAUCAUUUCAGUCUAAAGAUUUAUUUCAUACAAAUUUUUAUAUUAUAUAUAUACAUAUAAUGUAUAAUAUAUGUAUUUUUUAUUAUAUAAGGUGGCUUUGAUGAUGGUCCUAUGAGUGAUUUUAGUAUGCCUCCUCCAGCUAUGGGUGCUGGAGCCGGAAAACCUGCUGCUUUUAAUGGUUCUACGCAAGUCACUAUUCCGAAAGAUGUAAGUGACAGUUUUAGCGCUGACGGAGUUAUGCACAAGGCUUGCGUACCGAAAAGCAUAAAGGUUACCUAUAAAUUUAAAAGCUAUUCAAGUAAAUUUACCCAAUUUUUAAUUUUUAAAAAUAAUCUGAGUUAUUGGGAGAUAAAUAUAUAAUAUAAAGAAAAGAGUAUUAUUAUAGUUAACAGAUAAAAAGGGAAAAGUUUAAAUCCAAAGAAUAGAUGAAGAGGUUAAUAUGAUAUAUAAAAGUAUAUAAUGAAGACAUUUUAAUAAAAUAUCUACUAAUUUUUUGUUAAUAUUUACUAAACUUUACUAUACUAUAUAAAUAAUAAAAUAUUUCCAUUUUAUUUUUGUUAUAAGCUAAGUGGUGUUAAUUCAAUUAAUUAAAAAUAAAUUUACUGUUUGCUUCAAUUCAAUCCAAAUAAAAUUGUCCAAUGAUGUUAUUUAAUGUAUCGGUACGUUUGUCUUGAGUAGUUAUAAUUUAGCGAUCAAAACUGUUGCUUACAUGUUUUUCGGUAUGCGAUCCCUUGUGUGCUCCUAUUUAAUUUCUAUUUGCUAUAUUUUAUCUUCUCAUAGUUACAGAAUUUUUUUUUUUUAAACCUUUUAUGAGGUAGUAAAAAAAUGUUCAGUUUGACAUAGAAUUAAAUUAAAAUAAUUGUUUUCUGGGUUUCAUUAAAUUAUUUUGGUAUUUUUAAUUAUGAACUUUUGUAGAUGCUUAGAAAUAAAAUAUUAGAUUUUACUAAAUUUAUUGAUUAGUAUGUUAAUUUUACAUCCUUAAACAUAAGCAUUUGUUUGUUUUGAAAACUUAAAAAAAAAUUAAAAAGAAAAAUUACUUUUAUUUAGUUAAAAUUGAUAUUAAAAAUUAUUAGUUUUUUUAAAAGUGUGUUUUAUUUAUUAUUUGUUUGUUUCACAUCUUUAGAAUAAUGUAGGUAAAAUCACUAAUUUGUAGAUUUAUUAUUUUUUGUCUAAAUCAUGUUUUGUGUUAAUCUUACUUUAUUAAUAAGUAUAUUUCAUUUUUAAAGCUCGCGGGCGCGAUAAUCGGCAAAGCCGGCGCUAGAAUUCGUCGGAUACGCCAAGAUUCGGGAGCCGGAAUCACAAUUGGCGAACCAACUGAAGGCUCAGAUGAACGAAUAAUCACUAUUAAUGGCACAGAUAGUCAAAUUCAAAUGGCACAAUAUUUAUUACAACAAUGGUUAGUUUUUUUAUAUUACUAUUAUUUUUGUUAUGUGAUUAUUUAAGGUGAAAGAAUUUUCAUAUAAUACUAACAUAAUUAAAGAAGUGCCAUGCAGCUAACUAUGGGUUCUCAGCUACAAGAAAACCGUUAACUAUCGUAUGGAAGACUAGUGAUUUUGUUGUUUUAAAAAAAGUGUUUUCCUAACAAGAAGUCUCUAGUCUUCUUUCGAAAGUAUCGACUAACAGCAUGCAACAGCCAUAACUGCUUUUAUAUAUUAACUACGAAAUUAUUAAUAUACGCUUUAUAUUUUCUUAACAAUAAGUAUAAUUAAAAUUAAAUAUGAGUUAUCUAGUAAGUGGUUCUAAUUUUGUAUUGUUUUUUACAAAAUUGCCUUUUUUUUUUUCUUAUACAUUUUUCCUGUUAUAUUUGUGAUUUAAAUUUUCAAACAAUGCUUAAUAAAAUAAGUUUAAAUAUUUCAACUGGGGAAUAUCUAAUUUAGGGUUUAUAUAAUGUUUUAUUUUGAAAUUUGUAUUACGUAAGGGGAUUGGUGAGUAUUCUAAACUUAAAAGCCAGACAAAACUAAAGGAAUUAAGAUUUCAUAAUUUCAAUUCAGAAAACUGAUUGACUUUUUUUAUUUAGGUACUUUAUCAGGAUAUAUUGGAUUUAAAAUUUAAUUUUUUACUAAAAUAGUUUAUUUUAUAUUUUAAAAAAUAAUUCCUAGAUGUCCCUCUAAAGAUCCAUAAUGUGCUAUCAAAAUUGAAAUCUAUCUAAUGCAAUUUCUGCAGUUAUGUCUGGUUUUUCCGUUUUAACAAUAAUAUUUUUUCCAAAAAAAUGGUUAUAAUCCCAUUUUCCUUAAAUUGGUAUCUGGCAGUGAAAAAGUCAUUAGGUGAUCAUUCAAAUGUAAAAAUAAUUUUAUCAAUUUUAUUUUAAUAAUCUUAAAAUUUUAGAAAACCAUCACCAAUCCUCAUAAGAGGAUACUAUACCUGUAUGUGCUGUCUCCGUUAUAUAACUGCGCGGCAGUAAAUUUUUAUUCAACUGGAAUAAUUUGUUAUGUCGUGUGAUUGUGUAUGAUAGAGACAGCAAAUGUGGGAAUGGAAUUCUUAUAAUAGAAUAUUAAUUUGAAACUGUUGAAAACUUGUUUAACUAUGUAGAAUUAAUUAACUAGCAUAGCAUUGGUCUAGCUAUACAGUUCAUACUAAGUAACUCUAUCAAUAUUUUUAAAUUUAUUUUGAUAUAUAAAUUGGAAUGUUGCCUAAGUUUGUUAAUUUGUGUUGUUUCCAUUACUUUAAUUAUUAGUAGCCAAUUACAAUUAUUGUACAUCAUAAGUAUAUCAUUUAAAAAUGUAAUGUAAAUAUUAUGUUAAAGCUUGCAUGGAUUGUUGUUUUAUACAAAUAUAUUUUCAGAAUAUGUUAUUUAAAAUACAUUUAAAAAUAAUCUGUUCAAGUUUAUUCAUUAAUUUUAUAUAAAGAUUUGUAUUAUAUUUCUUAAUUCAUAAUUCAUUUUUUUUUUUUUUUUUUUUUAAUAUAUUUAUAACAUUUAUUUAUUUUAAAUGCAUAAUAUAUAAUAGUGUAUUAUACAAUAUACCUAUAAUGUAUACAAUUAAUAAUCUAUUUUAUGUGUUGUUUUUUUUUUUUUUUAUGUUUUAGCGUUCAAGCCCAAAAACCUGGAGGUCCCGGUGGCGAUGGCUUCAUGUAA